AUGAUUGACUCCCUUAUGGUGGCCACUCAACAGUUAGAUAAAUUCCUGAUUCUGGGUGUUUCUUGUUUGUGCAUUGUGUUGGGAUUCCUUGCAUUGUACAACCAACACUUCUGUGAGCUGCAGCAGAGGUAUAACUUCUCCCCUUUUCACUUGUGGUACUCUACAGAGGAUGCUCCAGAGUCUCCCUCUGGCCCUGGUUCUCCCAAAGUUGCCCUGCUUCCACCCGUGCUAAAGAAAGUUCCUUCUGAUAAAGAAAAGGACGGUCAGAACAGCCCCACAAUCAGAUCAUUUUCUCAAGAAGCUGCAAAAAGAAGCCCUGCUGCUGGAGAGCUCCAGGAGCGGAAGCAGAGGUCCUUGAGCAAAGAUGGCCAUCAGGGAAGCAAGUCCAGUGACUCCGGAGAAGAAGCAGAUAAAGAUUUUAUUUUUGUUUAGCUCUCAGUGCAAGUGCUUCAUGGGGCAAGAGCUUUUAUAACAAUCAGGGUACAGCAACCAACAGCCCUUCUUACCAGCUGCUCUUUCAGCACAGGUACAUGUCCACGCAGAGGCCCUGCUACUCUGAUCAUGAUUUACAUGUACAAUCAGUUGGCAUUGAUUUGGUUUUUAGUUCCCCUUCUGUACAAUCCAGACAUUCCUUUCCAUGCCUUUGCUAAAGCCAGCAACUCUUUCGUGUAUUCUACUUGAAUUUCUUGGAAGCAGCUACAAAGACUGCCCUGCAUUGGGGCAUUUAGAAAGCAAAGCUGAUUAACUGGACCCUGUUUCUCACUAAUACACUGUACAGCAGGUAAUGUGUUGUACUGCUGAAUGUAAAUGUGUCAGAUCUGCACGUGACUUACCUAUAAAUAUAUUCUUGCGGUAUGCAAUUGCACAUUGUAAUUAUAUUAAAAGAGCACACUAAUAAAAUAAUUUGUAUAGAUUAUAUAUAUUAAAUGCUUGGGUAUGGUUUUUACAUUCUCCCGUAGGGAGCCUCUUUCUUCCUGUUAUUGUACUGUACAUAAAUCUCCAACGCUUACAUUUGUGUACUGUCAAAAAGCACAACAGAGAAGGAUCUGAAUGACAUAUAAUCUUGUUAUGCUUCCACAUUCAUAUAUUAAUGUAUAUAGUUGAUUGGAAUGAGGGCAAUUGAAAUUUUAUUAAUAUUGGUGUUUUCUAGAGGCCUUCUUCAGUUCUGUCUGCAUAUUAGCUUCCUUUCAAUGUGUAAUUCUACGAGAAAAAUAGUUUGACAUCUGUAAAAACAUUUCUGCUUUUGAGGGAGGGAGUGCAAAUUUCACAGAUACCCACCUAUGUUACAGGUUAAAGGGAUUUUAUUCAUACGUAUAUUUGUAACAAUAAAAAUGAUUUUACAACUGAAA